UCGCUCACCAAUCUCCGCCAGCCUGCGGGCCUCGAGUCCCCCUGGUUGGCCCCGCGGGGAUGACGUUGAUGGCCGCCUCGGCCUAUGGCGGCGGAGCCGGCCGGCCGGCGGGGCUUGGCGGAAGUGGUGUGGGCGAGGUGUCCCGCAGUGCGGAGAAGCGGCGCGCCGGAGGGUGCAGGGCCCGCGAGCCGAGCUGCGGCCACUACUUUCCGUCCCUCCGGGCGCCAGGAAGAUGACGCGCUUCGCUCUGACCGUGGUCCGGCAUGGUGAAACAAGAUUUAACAAGGAGAAAAUAAUUCAAGGACAAGGAGUAGAUGAGCCUCUUUCAGAAACUGGAUUUAAACAAGCAGCUGCUGCUGGCAUAUUUCUUAAUAAUGUGAAGUUUACUCAUGUUUUCUCCAGUGACCUCAUGAGGACGAAGCAGACUGUGCAUGGAAUUUUGGAGAAGAGCAACGUUUGCAAAGAUUUGACAGUCAAGUAUGAUUCAAGACUUCGAGAAAGAAAAUACGGGGUUGCAGAAGGCAGGGCCCUAAGUGAGCUAAGGGCCAUGGCCAAAGCAGCUGGGGAAGAAUGCCCUAUGUUCACACCACCUGGAGGAGAGACCUUAGACCAGGUGAAAAUGCGUGGAAAAGACUUUUUCGAUAUUCUUUGUCAACUGAUCCUGCACGAAGCUGGUCAGAAUGAACAGUUUUCCCGAGGAGCUCCAAGCAACUGUCUGGAAACUUCUCUGGCAGAGAUAUUUCCUUUAGGAAAAACCUGUGCCUCUGAAUCUAAUUCAGACAGUGACGCACCAGGAUUAGUGGCCAGUGUCUUAGUUGUGAGUCAUGGUGCUUACAUGAAAAGCCUGUUUAAUUAUUUUCUGACUGACCUUAAGUGUUCCUUACCCUCUACUCUGAACAAAUCCGAAUUUAUGUCAGUCAGUCCCAACACAGGGAUUAGUCUCUUUAUCGUAAACUUUGAGAAAGGAAGAGAAGUGAAUCCAACAAUCCAGUGUGUUUGUAUGUACCUACAGGAUCAUCUGAAUGGAGGGACUGAAACUCGCUAAAAUUUAAA